AUGGCAUCAUUACAGUUCAUAUUCUAUCGGCUAAGGAGGAAUCCAUGGUUAACAAUAGCGUUUCCGCUAAUAACUUUGGUGUUCAUUUACAUGAUAUUCAUUAGAAACAAUGACUCGCUGUUAGGAUAUGAGGGACUUUCUAUAACGAAUCAUAAAUGGGCACACGAAACUGAAAAUACGUUCUAUUUCCCAUAUGCAAGUAAAUACAAGAUGCCCAAAUAUUCAUACAAGAAGAAAUCCAAUUGGCUUUUCAAUGAUCGUGUGGAAGAUAUCAUCCCAGAGGGUCAUAUUGCUCAUUAUGAUUUAAAUAAACUGCAUUCCACGGCUAAGGCAGCAUUGAACAAGGAACAAGUUUUGAUCCUGACACCAAUGCAAACUUUCCAUGAACAAUAUUGGGACAAUCUGUUACAAUUGACAUACCCAAGAGAGUUGAUCGAGCUAGGAUUCAUAGUACCAAGAACCCAGUCUGGUGAUGUCGCCUUGGCAAAACUGGAAGAGGCUGUCAAAAAAGUACAAACAGAUAAGAAGAAUCAAAGAUUUGUUAAGGUUACAAUUUUGAGACAGGAUUCCAAGAGUUUUGACAAGCUCCAGGAGAAGGAAAGACACGCUCUGGCAGUGCAGAAGGAAAGAAGAGCUGCAAUGGCUUUGGCAAGAAACGAAUUACUUUUCUCUACUAUAGGCCCACAUACAUCUUGGGUGCUAUGGCUCGAUGCUGAUAUCGUGGAAGCUCCUCCAAAUUUGAUUCAAGAUAUGACAGCGCAUAAUAAACCAGUCUUGGCUGCUAACGUGUAUCAAAGAUACUACGACGAAGAGAAGAAGGAGAGCUCAAUUAGAGCAUAUGAUUUCAACAACUGGGCUGAAAGCGAAACUGGGCUGGAGUUAGCCAGCCAAAUGGCAGAGGAUGAAAUCAUUGUCGAAGGCUAUUCGGAGCUUGCCACAUAUAGACCUCUCAUGGCUUACUAUUACGACGCCAACGGAUCGCCAGGUGCUGAAAUGGCUCUAGAUGGUGUCGGUGGUGGAUGCACUUUGGUUCAGGCAGAUGUUCAUAGAGAUGGUGCAAUGUUCCCUAAUUUCCCAUUUUAUCAUUUGAUUGAAACGGAAGGUUUCGCCAAGAUGGCCAAGAGAUUGAACCAUGAAGUUUUCGGUCUUCCAAAUUACCUAGUUUAUCAUAUAGAAGAAUGGAACGAUUAA